CGUCAGUCUGACUAAAAGUCAGAUGACAAACACCGCAUCAUCUCAAAUAUCUCGGCGGUAACUUCCUUUCUUUUGCUUCCACUCAAAGUCUGAAAUUGGAUUCAAUCACAUCCUCCAGCAGAUAAUGGGGACGGUAGCUGUCCCUACAUUGAGUCCUGUUGGAUUGACCAGCGAUGGAAACUUCACUUCCAUUUGCCCUAAUGGGUCUAAAUGGGUUUGGGAAGGUCUUGGAGAAUGUGCCCAGGACGCCAGGGAUAUGGCCAGUGUCUAUGCAGGCCUCAUAUCCAUCCUCUGCUUCAUGGUGUCUUCUCUACCACAGUACUACAACUCAUGCAGAACAGGGAACAUGGACAGUGCCAUUUCUAUUUGGUUCCUGUUGUUAUGGUUGGGAGGUGACUCCUGCAAUCUGGUGGGCUCCUUCCUGGCAAACCAGCUUCCUCUUCAGACGUACACAGCCAUUUAUUACGUCAUAGCUGACUUGGUGAUGCUGGCCAUGUACAUUUACUACAAAAUAAAGAACAAAAUGGAUCAAAGUGUUUCAUCUUCAAGCAGUACAAUCGUGAAUGCGGUUGGUGUAGUCUGCGUCCUUGGCUUCACCACAAGCCUCAUCAGCCUUCCUGGGCUUGUGUCUCAACAGGAGAUCAUUCCCUCAGGGUUCAGGAGUCGCACCUUGCUCUCAACCACUGACAGUGACCAUAUUAAACCAUUUACUCCCAAAGAAAUUAUUGGAUUCUCCAUCGGCUCUGUGUCGUCAGUGCUCUACCUCUUUUCCAGACUUCCACAGAUGUACACAAACUACAAGAGGAAGUCCACAGAAGGGGUUUCGUACUUCCUCUUUGCACUGGUCAUCCUGGGAAACACCUUAUAUGGUCUGAGUGUCCUCCUGAAGAACCCUGAUGACGGCCACGGGGAGAGGAGCUACCUGGUUCACCACCUGCCCUGGCUCAUCGGCAGCCUCGGUACCCUCUCCUUAGACCUCAUGAUCUCCAUCCAGUUCUUGAUUUACCGCAAACCUCAGCAGGAGGUGGACAGCGACAGCGAUGAAAGAACGCCUCUGAUCAGGAGCUAAGCCAAGCAACCAUGAGUGCACUAAAGGGACACGAGCAAUCACAGAAUCAAAUUUCAAACAAAAUCAGGAUUAGCAGUGUACAUUUUUAUGAUUUUAUUUAUUAUGCUCUUUUAUUCAUGUUUACCAUGUGUUUUUGAAAACAAGUGUACUGUGAAGCAUGAAGUUCUGCACGUGGGUUCAGCUGCAGUGAUGUGGUUUUAGUUGCCUUUAAUGUUAAAGUUUUAAAGAGAGUUUCAGGUGUCAGACAUGGACCAAAACUCCUGAUGCCAACCUGAACUCCUGCACACUUUAGGUCACAACGUUGAUUCAAAGCCAGGCAUUGUACAGAUAUCAGGAACCUGCUGGUAGGGUUUACCAGACCACACAGGGGCCAUUUUUAAAAAGGAUCUUUGUGUUUUUAAGUUGCCAAAAACGUAACAGUACUGACACUAACCACUACAUGAAGCCCUGUCCGAUCUCCUUUACAGCGUUCAGAAAAAGCUCCUGUAACUUGAAUCUUUGUUGUUGGGGCCUCAGUGAUGUGUCUCACUACAGAAUAAGAAAUAUCUUGUAAUAUGUUUGCAACUGUAAAUUGUAUUUAGUCCAUUUUUAUGUGGUGUAAUCAACAUGAAUGUUUUAUGCAUGUUUUUGAUGUAUUUUAGGUAUCUUUUAAUUAAAGCCAUUUAAUUUUCUUAUUUUUAAAUACAGACUCUUGACCAGUUUUGUUUGCACUGGUGAUGGAAUGUCGAUUUUAGUACCGUUUUUAGUUCAAGCAUAUCUUUUUUGUUUCAUUCUCAUUGUUUUGCACAACAAAAGUUUGUUUUGUACUUUGAGAAAUAUAAAGUGUGUUCAGUUGGUCAGUGAACUGUUCAGAUUAAAUAAAUAUAAAAACCC